UCACCCUUCUUGGUUAUCUUUGCAACUGCUGAUUUUAACUCCCUCAACUUCCCUGGCCCACUUGGCCACACCAAGAUUCUACAUUAUGGCUUCCCUUUUCUACAUUAUUUUAUCAUCUUUUUUUUUUUUUUUUCUGUUAUAAAUCUCUCUCUGGAAAAAGGCUUAUCAACUCCCUGGCAAAACAAAUCUAUUAAUUCUCUUUCUUUCUUUCUUUCUUAUAUAUUUCUCUUCUUGUUAGAUUGAUGGAGGAGGACUCUAUCAUGAAUUCAUCUUAUACGCAGAAGCCUGUUGCUUCUCAAGAGCCUGAGGAGAGUGGUUGGACUGCUUACUUUGAAGAUUUCUCAAACAACAGUCGAGAACAUAGUUAUUGUUCUACUUUUGAUAGCUCUUCUUUGGUUUCUGAUGCUGCUUCUGGUGCUGCAUGGAAACUAUCCCACAAAAAUAAUCUUGCAGCUUGUUCUUCAAUCGGAGGCUCCCCAAAGAUUCCCAAGAAGUUAAAGUUUAAGAAAUCAAGGACCAAAGAAAUCUGUCAAGAUGAUUCUUUAGAGGAUACUGCUAGUUCUCCUGUCAAUAGCCCCAAGGUUGGAGAUAGGGAACCGACGGAUAUGAACCCUCGGAAGACUGAUCAUCAUGAUCAUAUGGGAAGGGAAGUGGCUCAGAAAUGCAUAGAGAAGAAAGAAGCAUGAAUUUGAAUGAGAAAAAUGAUUAUACAGACUUGAAGAGAAGGGGGCUGUGCUUGGUUCCUUUGUCAAUGUUAGUAAAAUAUCUUGGUUAAUUUCCUCUCUUUCUCUCCCAUGUCUUCCAUUAGAAGCAACUUAAUUGUCAGACUUGUAGAAAGAAAAGUUUUCUGGCAAUCUGUUGGAUCAUAAUUAAUGUGUACUGGAUGCGUCUUUCUCUUCAUUUGUAUGCUUAAUAUCCAGUUUAAAUCCUUCUUUCAUGUAAAUAUUUACAAGAGAGGAAAAAAAACUCGAGGUUUGAGCAAAGUAUGUAAAUAUCUAUUUAUCAUUAAUAUCAUAAAAUAACAGAUGAUAAGAGAAGACAAUAAAGUAUUUUAUGAAUAUUGAACUGAACUACUUUAGGGGAUGUUUUGAAUAAAUUUAUGUGAGUGAUGAUCCUUUUAA